AUGAGGUCUUCACACUCUCUUCUGGCAUCCGCUGUCACUGUCUUUCUCUGGCAGUCUACUCUCGCUGCUGGCAUCUUGGAGAACAUUGCCUGCUCCUCCUCAGCAGAUGCCGUUGUCUCCAACGUGGGCUCCACUCUCGAUGCAUUGAAUAGCGUCAACAGUACCGACGCUGCAAUCGCGCAACAGAUCGCCCUUGCCAAAAAUUUCCUCGCCCAAGCUAAUAAUGUCGGCCAGGGUAUGGUCAGUGCAUGUGACGCGGCAAAGAACGCUCCUCAAUCGCAAUCUGCCCCUAUUACAGCACCUACGGCUACUGGGACUUCGAUAGACGCGACAGCAGCCUCAGAUGCGGCAACCCCGACAGCUACGGACGCAGGCUGUGACACAGACGCCUCCAGCACAAGCACAGAUACGGCAGACGCCUCUCUACCGACGGACCCUGCGAGCACCGACACAGCUACGGCCUCAGACGCAACUGCUACCUCCAGUGACGACACGGAUUCGACGUCGACAUACAUCGCAGACGGCGCCACGGCCUUCGAUGUCUCUUCCACCGCGAUCGAUAGCGCAGAUGCCCCAAUUGUGACAGACCCAAGUGUUCCUGAGACGGAUAGCACAGACACCUCGAUCCCAGGCACCGCAACUGAUAGUGCCGCUGCCUCAACCACAACCGAUGCAAGUGCAACUGGGACAGAUAGUGCCACCGACCCGACAGCGACAGACGGGGCUUCUGUGAUUGUUGCAGACGUUCCUGCUACCGGAGAUGGAGCCGACUCCAGCGUUGCAGGCAAUACCGACAGCACCGACGGCGGCAGCGACUCUACCGGCAGCGACAUCGACUCAUCUUCGGGCGAUAGCUCAGGCGGCAUAGAUGCCUCUGAUCCUUCUUCUACCGAUACUACUAACGAUGGCUCUGCGGACGCCACUGGAGAUAAUAGCGACAGCAGUUCUGGCGGUGGAGACGACAGCGGGGAUGUUUAG